AAGCAAGCAAGCUGCUGGAAUUGUUAAACAGUCGCGUUUGCAACGAUCGUGUGAACGGUUUACCCACCACCACCACAGAGAUCCCCUACGGCCAGAGAGAUAGACAGAGAGAACGAUAUUUAUAUAGAGGGAGAAGCAUUCUUCUAUAACAUAGACAAGAAACUAGGACAUCCAAACGAAAAAACAAAACAAAAAAAAUGAGCCAAAGUCAAUUAAAAACCCUCGAUCUACGUUUCGAGGAGAAGCCUCUGCAUGUGCCCCCAUUGUCGGAGCUACAAAAUGUCAUACAGGGUGCUUUGAGUGAGAAUUUUGCCACAGUUGAGGUAAAUGUGACUGCUUGUCCGGAUUUAAAGGAUUCACGCUUUGGUCUGGUCGAAAGUGGUUUGGGUGGCAAACCCACUCUCUUGGAAGCUGGUGGUCCACCAUAUCUAUUGCCCCUUGUGCAGCGGGAUAAGUUAUACAAUGUCAAGGAGAUGGUGCGUCAGAUUCAAGGACCUGGUAAGGUAUUCGCUGUUGGUGCCGGAGCUGGACCCUGGCCCAUACGCCACUCCAACUGUGAGGGCAUCUUCAAUUUGUCGGUGAAUGAGAAGGAUGAGCUAAACAAUGGCAGUUAUACGGCCACAGUCAGAGGAGAGGAGGAACUAUGUGUACUGGAGAAGAUUCCACAUACGGAGCCACGUUGUGCUUUACUCUUGAAUCUCUUUGUCAGCCAGGGUCAACCGGGACAAGUGUUGAAGAUUUCAGCGAAACAACGUACCGGUGAACAGAAUUUCAUUGAAUGCAUACGCAAGGGUCUGGAAGAUCACUAUGGUGACAAGGUCGUUGGCCUCGGUGGCAUUUUUCUAAUCAAAAAGGGGGCUGCACAUCAGCAUGUGAUGCGUGACUUUAGCAAGACGCCCAUCCACAGUGAUGAGGAGGUGAAUCAGUGGCUGAAAUUCUACGAGAUGCCAGCUCAAUUGAAUGCUGUCGGCACUCUGGUGACCAAGGAACAUGAUUUGGAUUUGCGACUCCAGCAUUUCCAUUCGUUCUCCUUCAGCAAUUGGGGUGGUCAUUAUCAUUAUGAUACCACACCCGAUAUUGUGGAAUAUGAGGCCUAUUUGAAUGUGGCCGAACGGGUUGUGCGUGUGGACAAGCCUGUGGCCACACAUAAAGUGGGUAGAGAUUAGAACAUAUAAUAUAUAUAAUAUACACACAUAGAGUAUAAAUACAUUUUUUUUUUGAAAACAC